CUGUUCUUGUAGUUGCAGCUCUUGGAACAAAGAUGGCGCCAUUCGUCUUCUCUCAGAGGCUUUAAUCUCCAGGACUCCGAACUCCGCUGAGUUUAAACUUGAAGUUGAGUUUCUUUGAGACUCCUCGGCUCCUCGUCCUCGGCUGGUCCUGCCCUGAGGCCUGGGGGUCAGGGGUCAGAGGUCAGGGGUCAGGGGUCAGUCCGGGGCCUUGUGCUGCUGCUGCUGCUGAUUUGCUUCCAGAGUUUUUUACUAACAAAUGUUGUGUCCGGACGUCGUGCCGUGUGUUUAGCUGCAUUUGACUGGAGCGACUCGGCUCGGUUGAAUAUUUGUUAUCGAAAUUAGCAAAGAAACAACACGUUCAACCAGAGUCCAUUCAGGGAAUGACCGUUUUAAGGAAGCAGCUGUUUGGAUGGGAAUAAAGUUUAAUUUCUAACAGAUUCAUAUCAGCUGUGCUCAGUGUUUUCUUAACCCCCCCAGCCCAGACUCGUUUCGCUCAUUAGCCCCGCCCCCCUGACCCUGACCCCCCCUCCUCUUAUAUAAAAACUUUUCGGUGUGUGCCUUCACCCAAGUCUCAGACGCCAGAAUGGAAACGCUCCUCGGUGCGCUCACUGGCACACCUCCCUCUCCUCCCUCUCCUCCUCCUCCCUCUCCUCCUCCUCCUCCUCCUCCUCUUCCUCCUCUUCUUAAUUGCGCAUCGGCACUCCGGCACCAGCUCACUGGGAGUCAGCAGCAGGGACGGACGGAGUGUGAAGUGGCAGGCAGACGUGAGGAUGACGGAGAUGCUGGAUGGAGCAGGUCUGGACUCGGCUCUCGUCGCUCUGUGGAAUAUGUUGGCUGGACUUUUGCGGCUCACGCGCAUCACUGAAACCUGGUUCUCUUCUCGUUUUUGGCUGAAGUUGCUCCAGAAUCCCUGAACACCGAGGAGGACACGUCGAGACAAAGCCCGGAGAGAGAUCGGAGCAUGCAUGGAUGGAGGAGGACUGAGCCGUUACGCACGGAGACAGCUCGACUCUGAAGGACCCGACUUUCUUUUUUAACUUUGACACAAACAAGAGGGAAGAAUCUUUUCCAGCUCCUCCUCAGACAGAAAAUGAGGAGCUGUCUUUUCGGACUGGCUCUCUUCGUGGCUUGCGUCCUCUCCAUCAGCUGCACCCCUGCGCCCGGGACGGAGGUGGAGACGGAGACGGAGGCGGAGGCGCACGCGGCGUCCAGGGGGGACACCUGCGCGUCCUGCGGCGCGGCUCAGCCCGAGGACCCGGAGUCCGGGCGCCUGAACGGGGACUUCCUGGAGGCGGUGAAGAGGCACAUCCUGAGCAGACUGCAGAUGCGGGAGAGACCCAACAUCACGCACCCGGUCCCCAAGGCGGCCAUGGUGACGGCGCUGCGCAAGCUCCAUGCGGGGAAGCUGCGGGAGGACGGGAGGGUGGAGAUCCCCAACCUGGACGGACACCCGAUGAGCAACGAGGUCCUGGAGGAGAGCUCGGAGAUCAUCAGCUUCGCGGAGAAAGAUGACCUGGUGACGUCCCGGUCCAGCCUGUUCUUCAUGAUCUCCAGCGAGGGGAACCAGAACCUGCUGGUGGCCCAGGCCACGCUCUGGCUCUACUUCAGGCUGCUGCCCCCCCCCGUGGAGGUGCGGGGCCGGCGGAAGGUCACGGUGAAGGUGUACUACCAGGAGCCGGGCCUGGGCAGCAAGUGGAACCUGGUGGAGAAGCGCGUGGAGCUGAGGCGGAGCGGCUGGCACACCUUCCCCCUGACGGAGGCCGUGAGGCUGGUGUUCCAGAAGGGGGGCCGGCGCCAGAACCUGGACGUGCGCUGCGAGGCCUGCGAGGCGGAGGGGGUGCUGCCGGUCCUCUUCAGCCCCAGCGACGAGUCCCACCGGCCCUUCCUGGUGGUGCAGGCGAGGCAGGCGGACGGCAAACACCGCAUCCGGAAGCGAGGGCUGGAGUGCGACGGCAGCAACAACCUGUGCUGCCGGCAGCAGUUCUACAUCGACUUCAGGCUCAUCGGCUGGAACGACUGGAUCAUCGCGCCCUCCGGCUACUUCGGGAACUACUGCGAGGGGAACUGCCCCGCCUACAUGGCCGGCGUCCCCGGCUCGGCCUCGUCCUUCCACACGGCCGUGGUGAACCAGUACCGGAUGCGGGGCAUGAGCCCCGGCUCCAUGAACUCCUGCUGCAUCCCCACCAAGCUCAGCACCAUGUCCAUGCUCUACUUCGACGACGAGUACAACAUCGUGAAGCGGGACGUCCCCAACAUGAUCGUGGACGAGUGCGGCUGCGCCUGAGUCCUUCUCCUGAAGGGGACGGUCAGAGAAUAUUUAUGGACGGCGGAGGAACCUCAUCCACACAUAUCUACUCAUGUACGCCCGCACACAAAGAACCUGUACAUAUAUUUAUGUCUGUUGAUAUAUUUCUUUAUUUUCACACACGACGGACGGACGGACGGACGCGCGUCCACUUUCCUCUUCGGGAAUCAAUCAGCGGCUGCAGGAGCGUGGAGACGGUUCUUCAACGUACAGCACUUGGACAUUUGGACGGACACAGAGUGUCUCCGUCCUCCGGGACACAUAUAAAAGAAGAGGUGAAGCUUUCAGAGCCAGUAGAGCAGCUUCCAUCCGUCACACCGAGGCCAGAGGCGCCACCUUUUCCCUGAUGCACACUUUUUGUAGCACUUGCAGAGUGAGAUGCCUUUAACGAGCCCCGGGUCCGUCUCUAAAACACGAUAAAGACCGAUCAAUAAGUGCCACGCGAGCUAUGCAAUGUAUAGUCUGAACCCUUCAUCACAGCUCCAGUCACAAGCUGUCAACUAUCAAUACUUGAAAUGGAAGCGUGGUGGGGGGGGGCGGGGGGAGGAGGGGGAGGAGGACGGGGGGAGGCGACAGUCUAAGGUUUGGGCUGAAGGUGGAGAGGAGGCUCCUCCUGCUCCUCCUCCACCUCCUCCCUGGUCUGCAGCUUCAGCGCCGGUGGUUAGAACAUUUGCACUGAGGAGAAAUAAUGAGAAUAAUAAAGAAACUGCCAUUGAACGAGAGGAAGGAAGAGACAGAAGUUAUUUUUAUAGAAGUGUUGAGAUUCUUCUACCUAACGAUGGAACCAAAGAGGCCGAAGAGGGUUCACUGCAGAGGCCUAAACACUGUAUCAGGGUCUAACUCCAGUCCACAAUCACACCCAAAUCUGUUCUAUGUUUGUUGUAGCUCCAGGUCCAGGCUGGUCCAGCUUGGCCCAGGUUGGCCCAGCUUGGCCCAGGUUGGCCCAGGUUGGUCCAGACUGGUCCAGGUUGGCCCAGGUUGGUCCAGGCUGACCCAGGUUGGUUCAGGCUGGUUCAGGCUGGCCCAGGUUGGUCCAGGCUGGACCAGGCUGGUUCAGGCUGGUCCAGGUUGGCCCAGGUUGGCCCAGCUUGGCCCAGGUUGGUCCAGCUUGGCCCAGGUUGGUUCAGGCUGGUCCAGGUUGGUCCAGGUUGGCCCAGCUUGGUCCAGGUUGGUCCACCCUGGCCCAGGCUGGACCAGGUUGGCCCAGGUUGGUCCAGGUUGGUCCACCCUGGCCCAGGUUGGCCCAGGCUGGCCCAGGCUGGACCAGGCUGGUCCGCUCCCUGUACAGUCCAUGUAACGUAUCAACACGCUGUCCACGUAUCUGCUUCUUUGUAAUUGAUGAAAAUAAAUUUCUUAUUACCAGUU